ACGUGAUUGUUGACAAAAGACAAACGAGUUGACCAGUGCGGGAAAAGCUGGUCACAUCAGGUCCUUUGACUGUCAGACCGUGCGGUUCUGGUCGGGCUUUUCUGCGCUAACCAACAGAAGCUAAUGUUGUCUUGUUGUUUUGUCAGCGAACCAGUCUGUUUGUUUAUUUAUCACGAAACAGUUUGUUCGUGACAAAUGCGCGACACAUUGACACAUUGAACGCGGAAGUAAAUAUUUUUGUGCCACCGGUGAUGGACCCUUACAGCGAGAGGAGACGGCUGCUGGACGCGGACGAUGCCGGAGCAGACGACCCGACAGGAGUGCUGUCCGAGCAGGACUCGUAUCUGAGUAAAGUGAAGAACAGGAACUUGUACCUGGCGACCUUUGCAUCAGUUCUGGGUCCCAUGAGCUUCGGCUUCGUGCUGGGCUUCAGCUCCCCGACCCUCCCUGAGCUCACCCACAGCCCUGACCCCCGGCUGCAGCUGGACGACAUCCAGGCCUCCUGGUUUGGGUCGAUCGUAACGUUGGGAGCGGCGGCAGGCGGCCUGCUGGGUGGAUGGCUGGUGGAGAAGAUCGGGAGAAAACUCAGCCUGAUGUUCUGCUCGCUGCCUUUUGUCUGUGGCUUCACCAUCAUCAUCGCAGCGCAGAACGUGUGGAUGCUGUACGUGGGGCGAGUGCUCACGGGCGUGGCCAGCGGUGUGACAUCACUGGUCGUACCGCUCUACAUUUCAGAAAUGGCUCAUGAGCGUGUCAGAGGGACUCUGGGCUCCUGUGUACAGCUCAUGGUGGUGCUCGGCAUUAUGGGAGUUUAUCUCGCAGGUCUCUUCUUGGACUGGCGCUGGCUGGCGAUCUGCAGCUCCAUCCCACCCACGCUGAUGAUGGUCUGCAUGUGCUUCAUGCCGGAGACGCCGCGCUUCCUACUGUCACAAGGCAAGAGGCGGGAGGCUGUGGACGCCCUGCGUUUCCUGCGGGGGCCCGACGCCCCGGUGGAAUGGGAGUGCGCUCGCAUCGAGGACGCCUGCCAGGAGAGAGAUUCAGGUUUCCGGCUGUCGGACCUGAAGGACCCUGGAGUCUACAAACCUCUGAUCAUUGGCAUCAUGUUGAUGGUCUUUCAGCAAAUGACGGGGAUCAACGCCAUCAUGUUCUACGCUGAGAACAUUUUUGAACAAGCACAUUUUAAGCAAAGUGACCUGGCGUCGGUGAUCGUGGGCCUGAUCCAGGUCGUCUUCACCGCCAUCGCGGCACUGGUCAUGGACAAGGCCGGGAGGAAAGUCCUCCUCGUCGUCUCAGGCGUCGCCAUGGCGAUCAGCACCACGGCGUUUGGCGUGUACUUCUACCUGAUGGCUCGACUCCACCCGGGAAAAUCCCUGGGCCUCCUGAUACUGGAGAGCACUGGAGAAGAAGCCGACGCUAACCUGGCCUGGCUAGCCCUCGCUAGCAUGGCUAUCUUCAUAGCAGGUUUUGCCCUGGGUUGGGGUCCAAUCCCGUGGCUCAUCAUGUCGGAGGUUUUUCCCGUCAAAGCCCGAGGGUUUGCCAGUGCCGUCUGCGUCCUGACCAACUGGAGCAUGGCUUUCCUGGUGACCAAGACCUUCCAGGACAUGAUGCUCCUUCUCACCAGCGCUGGAACUUUCUGGUUGUUUGCGUCGAUGUGCGUCCUCAACGUCAUCUUCACCCUGGCUGUCAUCCCCGAGACGAAGGGCAAGACGCUGGAGCAAAUCGAAGCCGUAUUCAGAGGAGAGUCAGGUCCAUGAAGUCCACCCGUCAACCUGUCUGUACCUGGACAAUAAUUAGGAUUGCGAUUAAAAUGGUCCGCUUUAGCAGAUGGGGAGAAAAUGCAAAAAAAAAAAAAAAAAAAAAUUCCAGAAAGUUCGUU